AAAAAGAGUAAAAACUUGGAACCUCUCAACCUGGAACGUCUCAUCUUAAUUCUUAUCAUUUUGGUUCCCUAUGCAGUGCGCUAUGGAGCUUCAAUUGUCUUCCACUUUCCUCUCAUCCUCCAUCUCCAGCCCCUAUUUGAUGAUAGUCCCCAAACAACAUAUAAACCAACAAAAAGCACAAGUUUUGAGUAUCAAAUCAUCAAGUUUAAAUCCAGAAAACACUUCGGGAGGCCUGCAAAAAAGUUCAAAGAAAGAUCUGUCUCGUUUACUGAGAACAGAAGCCGCUAUUAGAGGUAUCGAGAGGAAAGCCGACUCUGAGAAAUACACUAACCUUUGGCCCAAAGCUGUUUUGGAGGCUCUCGAUGAUUCUAUUAAACAAAACCGUUGGGACUCUGCUCUUAAGAUUUUUGGCCUUCUUCGCAAGCAACAUUGGUAUGAGCCAAGAUGCCACACAUAUGCUAAGCUUUUGGUAAUGCUCGGCAAGUGCAAGCAGCCAAAUCAAGCUAGCUUACUUUUUGAGAUCAUGCUAGCCGAUGGGCUUCAACCAACACUAGAUGUUUACACUGCACUUGUUAGUGCAUAUGGCUUUAGUGGCCUCCUUGAUGAAGCGCUGCGCACCAUUGAUGAUAUGAAAUCAGUUAGUAAUUGCAAGCCUGAUGUGUAUACUUACUCAAUCCUUAUUAAUUGCUGCACUAAAUUUCGUCGUUUUGAUAUGAUUGAAUAUAUUUUAGCCGAGAUGGCAUAUUUGGGAAUAGAAUGUACUUCUGUGACUUACAAUACCUUAAUUGACGGCUAUGGUAAAGCUAAGCUGUUUGAGCUGAUGGAAAGCUCCUUGACAGAUAUGAUCGAAAGUGAGACUGCCUCUCCAGACGUUUUCACCUUGAAUUCAGUAAUUGGGUCCUAUGGUUGCUGUGGGAAACUUGAGAUAAUGGAGAAAUGGUUUGAAAGAUUUCGGGUAAUGGGAAUAAAGCCAGAUGUUAUGACAUUUAACAUUCUAAUCAAGUCAUAUGGAAGAGCUGGCAUGUAUCAGAAAAUGGAGUCUGUACUUGAUUUUAUGAGGAACCGGUUCUAUUCCCCAACAGUUGUGACAUACAAUAUUAUCAUUGAGAUAUUUGGGAAGGUGGGACUUAUUAUGAACAUGGAAGAGUUUUUCCUACAGAUGAAGCACCAAGGAGUGAAGCCAACCUCAUUCACUUAUUGCUCUCUUGUUAGUGCUUAUGGUAGAGCUGGACUUUUGGAAAAAGUUGAUUCAAUCAUGAGGCAAGUAGAGAAUUCGGACGUAGUUCUGGAUACUCCUUUUUUCAAUUGCAUCAUUAGUACUUUUGGUCAAGCUGGUGAUUUAGAGAGGAUGGUGGCAUUGUUCUUGGAAAUGAAGGUCAGAAAAUGUAAACCAAACUACAUCACAUUUUCUACCAUGAUCCAGGCCUACGAUUCACAAGGGAUGAUCGAAGCUGCCAAUGACUUGAAGAGUAAACUGAUUACUGCUUGUGAAUCAAAUGAAAUGAUCAGAGGCUAGUACUGUUAUUCUGUCACUGGAGGAAAACUUUCACGUGGAAUUCUGUUCAUCAAUGUUGUGAAAGUGCGCAGAGUGUUAUCUGCAUGCGAGCUUAAGGAUGCUAUAACAAUUUGUAAAUCAGAUGGCAUUGAUCCAAGGAAAGAACAUAGACAUAGUGAGUCUAUUUGCAGCGGUCAAACUUCUCUUCACAUGUCUCUGUUAAUUUGAAAGGCCUUAACUCACAACUAGACAGGAUUGCGGUUUUAAUGGUGGAGAGGGAGGACGUGAUCAAGGGACGGCAAUUUAAGAUUGUAGAGCUCUUGCUGGGCAGCCACUUUGGUGUAACUUCUCUGUAUAGCUUUAUGGUUUGUCUGCCUGUGUAUGAGAGAAGAGAGAAGAUAGGUUCUAGUUAUCUGGGAUUUGACUCACAGCCAUUCUCGAGGGUAGGGUCGGAGCAGGUCAGUGAUGUAACAGGGCUUUUAAAAGGGCAAACCAAUGCACAUGGCGGAGCAGUAUUAAAGCAGAUGCUGAUUCUUCCUUCUGAAUUGGGUCUGUUUACCUCUUACUGGCUGCAAGCUGUGUGGCAGACAUAUGGAGCAUUAUAAUGUAAGGCCAUUUGCCAGCCCUUUGCUUGUUACCUGUUAUUGGAUAUAUAAUUACAAUUCAUGUUUGACGCAUCUCUAAAUAAUUCAAAUGGAUUCAGCACAAGCCUAAGAGGGAAAAAACCAAAAAUUUCCAUUAGAAACUGUUGAGUUACUGUCAGUGCUUCUGCCUUGUAAUUGCUACUUUUGCUCUUUGAGGGAUAUUAUCUCAGCUGAUCCUUGUGGAUACACCAAUAGAUCCAUCUGUACAAUAUAGUAGGUUCUGUGGUUGACUGAGAUUUAAGAAAUUUUAAUUUAUGGUUGCA